AUGACGACUUGCACAAUCCUCGUCGUAGGCGCGACUGGGCAACAGGGGUCGGCUGUCAUUGAUGCACUGGCCGAGCUUGCUCCAGCGGCACCCGACAAGAUCAAGGUGCUUGCGCUUACACGGAACGCCUCUUCCCAGAAGGCACAAGCACUAGCUACGAAGCACACUUCUUUAUACUUGGACGUGAUCGAGGGCAACGUCCUCAAUCCGGAGCCAAUCUUUGACGCGCACCCCGAGAUCCAACGUGUCUUUUCAUUCACCAGCCCGCCGAAUGAGGUGCCCCAGGCCACGGCACUGAUUGAUGCCUCAAUCAAGGCGGGCGUGUCGCACUUCGUCUUCAGCAGCGUGGAGCGAGGCGGCGACGAAAAGUCAUGGACCAACCCAACACAGACGCCGCACUUUGCGGAGAAGCACGAGAUUGAGCUCUACUUGCGGGAUCAGUGCAACAAGCACAAGACGGAUGCUGAAAAGGGCAUGACUUGGACGAUACUGCGUCCCACGGCUUUCAUGGACAACUUCAACCCUACAUCUCCGUUUGGGGCUGCCUUUGCAGCUCUCCUCAGCACGAUGCCGGCCUCACAGAAGUUGCAAGUUGUCAGCGUGCGCGACAUUGGGCGAUUUGCUGCCAAGGCAUUGCUGAACCCGAAAGCAUUUGCAGGGCGAGCGAUCGGGCUGGCCGGAGACGAAAUCACGCUAGGCGAUGCUCGGGCGACCUACCGCAGAGUGACUGAAGGGCUCGAACUACCGCAAGCCUGGUGGAUUGUUGGCAAAGGUCUCCGAUGGGCGAUCAAUGACGUUGGAAGAAUGUUUGAUUGGUUUGAAAGUGACGGCUACGGAGUAGACAUCGCGGCGCUUCGCAAAGAAGAACCCGAGCUGCAGGACCUUGAGAAGUGGCUCAAGGAGAGCAGUCGUUUCGAUUGCGGCCUGGGAAAGUGA